GCCUUUCACAAGCUGCUGAAGUCCGAUGAAGAAGCAGCGAGUGGGGAUGUCCAACUGUUAUGUAAACUUUUCUCCGGAGAAAGAACGACCUACCAUUUCAGCACAGAGCACACUCGCGAGAUUGAAGCAAAUACUCCAUUCGCUAUCCUUGGCUCAACUCAAAUGCAGAACGCCGCAAAACUCAUUGCACGAAUGGACCAAGGACAUGGGCUAAUGGACAGAUUUCUCAUUUCUGUUCCAUUGGCACUUCGACCUACUCCUGAACAGCAGACCAACGCAACAGACUACAUCGACACAGAACCCAUAGACAAUUUCGAAGAAAUCUUUGGAUUGAUACAACAAAUUCACCAAGACAACCCUGAAGAAUACAAUUUCGAAACAGAAGCAAUUCGACUUCUCCAACAAAUGAAUUCGUCAUUCACAGCUGAUGUAAAUGCCGCAAUACUGGAUGGUGUCAUGCCGCCUAAAUCCAAGAAGUCCGAUUUGGUUCCCCGCAUAGCGUUGGCGCUCCAUGUUUUUACCCACGCCACAAGCUCAUUACUAAAUGGACAACCAUUAGAACAAUGCCCUACAAUGAUAUCCAAACAAACGUUGGAAAGAGCGGUCAAGUUCGUGGAACACCUAGAGCUUCAAAAAGAUGCCCUUUGCCAGGUAAAAAGAAAUAUUUUUGCGACUAGUAUUAUAGCUCGCCUCCCUUACAAAAAUUAACUAUAGUUUUCUGCACGAAAACUAUAGUUUUUUACACGAAAACUAUAGUUUUAAGAACUAUAGUAUUUUGGAACAAAAACUAUAGUUAAUUUGAGCUAUAGUUUUUAUAAACUAUAGUUUUAUAAAACUAUAGUUUUUUUUAUAAAUUUAACUAUAGUUUUAAGAACUAUAGUUUUAAGAACUAUAGUUUUAAGAACUAUAGUUUUAAGAACUAUAGUUUUAAGAACUAUAGUGGCUAACUAUAGUCUUGAGAACUGUAGUGCAGUGUCUAACUAUAGUUUUGAGAACUAUAGUAUAGUUUUCAAAAAUAUAGUUUUAAGAAAUAUUGUUUAAGAGGUAUAGUGUUUAUCUAUAGUUUAUCUAUAAGAACUAUAACAUUUAACUAUAUUUUAAAAUCUAAAGCGAAGGAGUUUGGAAAAAUAGUUAAAAUUAACUGGGAAAUUUAGUUUAGUCCUUUGCUAAAUUAUGUUUGGUUAGUAAGGACUUUCAAAACAAUUGCAUAAGUAUGUUUGAAUAUAUAGUAUUUUUGCACAAAUGAAUUAAUGUAAUAAAUCCUACAUUCCACAAGUUGAUUGGUCACAUUUGACGUAUUAAACUGUUAUAUUUAAUUACCUGCAGGUAUAACAAACCUAAAUAUGCAAAAUGGCAGCUAGCCGCUUUUGGCCGGAGUUACUGAUAAAGAAAUAAGCGCAGCGAAAUUUAAAAAAAAAUCGGUCCCAAAAAACACAAAAGACUUCUGUAAAAUACUAAAACAAUUAUUCGCCUCAUGCAGGCUCGUGGUGAUUAUCGGGGUAUAUUCACCUCGACUUCGUCUCGAUAAAUAUUCCCCAAUAAUCACCUCGCCUUCGGCGAAUAAUUGUUACAGUGAAGAGUACGUUGCACAAAAAAUCAGCGUUAAUAUGACUUGGUCUCGUAGCUCAUUUGGGAGAGCAUUGGACUAGUAUCCCAAAGCUUGCGGGUUCGAUCCCCACCGUGGUCGGGGAAAAUUUUCAGCCUGCCCGGUGUGGAUAUACACUCAGCGUAAUAUUACAUAAAAAACCCAGUAAAUGUAUAUUUCAGCAAAAAUAUUUAAUUUAAACAGCAAUAUCAAACGAUAUCUAUGUAGAGUAUAUGUGAAUAUAGAAUAUAUAAAAUUAAUGCUACUCAUUGGCAAGUUCACUCUGUUUCUUCCAUGCCUUUUCCUCAUUAUUUAGUUUGCACUUCAUAGCUUUUAUAAUAUCCUCUUCAAUAACUUGACGUGGCAUACUAGAAUACUUCACAGCCUUUGCAUGAGCUAGAAUAAGGAAGAAGCGAUGAAGUAUAAUUAUUUGCUCCAUUAAUUAUUAAUGGUGAGCUGUUAGGAGCUUCAUGCGAGGACAGGAAAUCCUCCUUUAGUCGGUCAGAAUAGAGUAUGUUUGGGUUGGGUUGUUUUUAUUUUUUAAGAUUGAUAUUCCAUAUUCAAAUAAAGUAGUAUUUGCUUACCAAUCAAGGAAGAAGUAUAAAUAUGAUCAAGCUUUGGUUUAAUUUGGCCAUUUUUUCCUUUUUGCCCCUUGUAACUGUGGGUAGCCAUGUGUUCCCGUGACAACGUAGCCUCCAUUAUGCUUGCGACGUACGAUCCAACUUUCUUGGGCAUAAUUUUUUUAAAAACAGUUCUUUUCAAAACUAAAUUUGGACCCAACGUGACCUGCAAGAUAUUUACGAAUAAUUAUUUUACCACUUUUUGAUACAUAAUUAUAAUGCUUUACUACUCGUUCCAUUCACUGGUGCAUUAUAUACUGUAAGACUAAAAAUAAAUUUAGUAUAUUUUGCAUCAGCAACUUUUAAAGUUUGUUCGUUCACUGCAAGCAGGUAUAUCAAUCAUUUUUCGCUCGCUACUCUGGUUUAAAUAAAUGAUUACAAAGCCUAGUCGUAUUGUAAUCGGGACCCAACAUUUUGACACUCCAGUCUAGUGUCUUCAUCAGGGGUGAUGUAAUGUUGCAAUUGUGGCUUCUUAAAUACCCAAGGGAUGACUUCACCUGCCAGAUGCAUGUAUUCCUCUAGGAAAUAGGCACCGUCAUCCCUAUUCAAAGCAUGAUUUAUGCUCAUAUUUAUAUGCCACGCUUCUAGGCAAAGUCUUUGACCAUAGCUUCUGCCACAAACAAUGCCUAUAAAAGCGUGGCAUAUAGAUAUGAACAAUCCUGCUUUCAAUAGGGAUGACGAUGCCUACUCGCGAGAGGAAUACAUGCAUCGAUCUCAUUGGCAGCCAUGGCAGGUGAUGUCAUCCCUUGGGUAUUUAAAUUAAGAAGCCACGAUUGCAUCUUUAGAUCACUCCUGAUGAAGACACUAGACUGGGGUGUCGAAACGUUGGGUCUUGAUUACAAUUCGACUGGGCUUUGUAAUCAUUUAUUUAAGCGAGCGAAACAUAUCAUCAGCAACUUAUUUGCAUUUUGACAUUUGGCUCUCAAACAUUACAAGACUGUUCUUGUUUCAAUCAUAUAUAAUAAAGAGUUUAAUAUAUAAAAUUAUAUAUCUAUAUUAGUAUAUACUGUUGGACGCGCCAAUUUAUGCGGUGAACAUGACAAUAGCAUCUCAAUUUCAGCUGCAAAAUAAAUGCUACAGACUUCAUUAUAGGGUGUUAUAUAAAUUGGUAAAAAUAGAUUCAAAUAUACAUACCAUAUCUGAGGAUAGAUAUUCAUCUGCUGUUUGAUCCAAACCAUCUGCAGAGUUUUCUUUUGAUGCUUCACUUGUGGGAUUCUGCAUAUCAAGAGUUGCUGAAGUGGGAGGGUCUUCUUCCAACAUUAUUGAACAGCUUCCACUGCAUGCAGUCUCCAAAGGAGCGAAAUUAACAAUAGGAGUAGAUCUUCCUGAGGACACAGGGGAAGACACAUUCGAGCUCACUGGUGAAUAUCCAUUGCAUGCCGCAGAUCUGCCAGAUAAAGUUAUUGUUGAGUUACUGCUCGUAGUUGACAGGAUAGGCGAAGAUCUUCCAGCUACAAUUGGCGGUGUACUUCUUCCUGAAAAUGAACCCGCAGGUCGCUGUGUUGCUUUGGGCAAGUCUUCCUAGGAAGUCACAUAUCUCCUCAGCUUUCUUAAGGAAUUCUUUAAAUCUAAAAAAAUAAGCAAAUUGACAGGUAUUAAAGGAUGGAAAGGAUUUAGCCAACACUUACACUUAGUCUAUUAAAACAGCUUCACUAGCAUGUUAAAAGUUCAAUCUAUAAAGGUGGACUCACUGGACUUCAAUUAUCUGGUUUGUUGCGCUUCACUUGGUGCAAUUAAUUUAUAUUAGAAUGCUGUUUUUAGGGUUUGUAAUCCAAGUGAGUAUAUGUACAUGUUAAUUAAGACCUGACCAGGAACGACUGUGAAAAAUGCAGCACAAGGUCUUCUGGUGGAAAUUGAACCUACGCCCUGCGAUUCUGGUGCAACGCUCUAACCAACUGAGCUACAGACGCCAGCUGUUAAGCUGUAAUAAUAAGUUCAUGUAUAUAUAGGUGAUCGGGUGUGCGGGUUGUGAUAAGGUGGAUUUCAAUGAUCUGGUUUCUUGCACUUCACUUGGUGGAAUUAAUAUUAGAAAUGCUGUUUCUAGGGUUUGUAAUCCUUCCAUCUUUUUAUUCAGUCAUAUGUUAUUCAAAUUUAGUUUAUUCAACACAAUAUUGCCUGACUUAAUGAACAUGACGGCACAGCAAAUACAUUUCUAUUAAAAUAUUAGGCCAUAUGCAAUCAUACAUGCAUGUAUAUCAUAAAUUUAUAAUUGGUCAUUGGUGUGCACAGUAGCAUAUGUACAUUACUGUAUCUUACCAUAUCUUCCGAUUCAUCAUCUAUUUCAUUGAAGUACUUUGUGUUAUUUGUUCUUUUGCGACACCCUUUUCCUGUCUUUAUGGGGGAACUGUUCUCUUCAUUCAUUGUUUUUAGCAAAUAAUCCUUGCUAUCUGUUUUUAGAAAUAUUCAGACAAUUUCUCAGUCAUCAUGAUUGAACAAGGCACCAUGUGCAGUUUAUAAAUGUUUACCAUUAGGCCACAUAAAAAAUAGUUGGUUAGAGCCCUUAGCUUUUGCCAAAAAGUGGGCAGGCGGGCGCUUUUUUUAAAUUUUUACUAAUUUUUAACGCCUUGGUUUUUCUCACUGUUAGGCCCGAAAGAUGCACUCAGUCCAGAGUCUUAGCCAGGAUCUCAAAACUGGGUGACCAAAUUGGCCAUUUUGGGCCAUGGUAACUGGGGCCAGGGAUGUUGCAUAUUUUUCAGUUGCAAUAUAGGUAGUAUGCAGACAAAAAGUGUUAAUAAUCAUAAAUAUCAAACAAUAGAACAAAAUAUUUUAAUAAUCGUCACAACUCAACUGCUGUUGUAUUAAUUGUUAAAAUCCCAUGUAGCCUAAAAGGAUAUAUCUAAUGUGUAUAAUGGCAGCUCUUUCCAGAAAAGAUCCACACUCCCCACAGAGAAAAUUUCUGCUGUCCGGAGAGGGAGGGAAGAAAUCAAUU